CCCAUCCCCCGGAUGCCUUGACCUCCCUGCCUGGGGGCGGGAAGCGGGGCAGGACCAGCCGGGGUCGUUCCCGGGCUCCUCCUCUCAUCUUUCUGCCCGCCUUCUCCUCCCUCACUCCCCGCCCCCCGGCCCCGAACCCCGCGCACCUCGUCUGGGGACGGGGCGGGGGGGGGGGCAGGGCGACCGCUCCUCCCCGCCCCCUCCUCCUCGGGCCUCUGGAGCGAUUUGUCAAACUUCCCAUUCCGCCGGCAGCGCGGUCCUCCUCCUCCUCCUCCUCUGCCUCCUCCUCCUCCUCCCCCCCCCCCCGCGCUCCUCCUUCCCCGCGCCUCCCUCGCCCGCCCUCCUUCCCUCCGCACGUUCGGGGAUCGCGGCGGAGCGCGGCGAGGGGGGGGACGCGGAGAGCCGGGGCGCAGCAGCAUCCUGCGGGCGGCCGCUCUCCGGGGGGGAGGUUGCGAGCAGGCCCGCCUCGCCCCCCCCCCGCCGCCCCUCCCUCCCUCGGCUCAGCCCGGCAGCGGCGGCGGCGGCGGCGGCGGCGGCGGCGGCGGCGGCGGUGGCAGUCGCGGGAGAAGCAUCAUGCCGAGGAGGAAGCAGCAGGCGCCCCGGCGCGCAGCAGCCUAUGUUUCCGAUGAGUUAAAGGCAGCUGCCUUGGUAGAGGAUGACAUAGAGCCUGAGGAGCAAGCAGCCGAUGGAGAACCCUCAGCCAAGUACAUGUGUCCGGAGAAGGAACUCAACAAGGCCUGCCCGAGCUACCAGAACUCACCAGCCGCCGAGUUUUCCAGCCACGAAAUGGACAGCGAGUCUCACAUCAGUGAGACCAGUGACCGGAUGGCUGACUUUGAAAGUAGUUCCAUCAAGAAUGAGGAGGAGACCAAGGAGGUCCAAGUGCCCCUCGAGGACACGACCGUGUCGGACAGCCUGGAGCAGAUGAAGGCCGUGUACAACAACUUCCUGUCCAAUUCCUACUGGUCCAACCUCAACCUGAACCUGCACCAGCCCUCCUCAGAGAACAACGGUGGCAGCAGCAGCAGCAGCAGCAGCAGCAGCAGUAGCUGCGGCAGCGGGAGCUUCGACUGGCACCAGAGUGCCAUGGCUAAGACCCUGCAGCAGGUGUCCCAGAACCGAAUGCUGCCCGAGCCCAGCCUGUUCAGCACCGUGCAGCUGUACCGCCAGAGCAGCAAGCUUUAUGGCUCCAUCUUCACCGGGGCCAGCAAGUUCCGCUGCAAAGACUGUAGUGCCGCCUACGACACCUUGGUGGAGCUGACGGUGCACAUGAAUGAGACGGGCCACUAUCGCGAUGACAACCACGAGACCGACAACAACAACCCCAAGCGCUGGUCCAAGCCUCGCAAGCGGUCUUUGUUGGAAAUGGAAGGGAAGGAGGACGCUCAGAAGGUGCUGAAGUGCAUGUACUGUGGCCACUCCUUUGAGUCCCUCCAAGACCUGAGUGUCCAUAUGAUCAAAACUAAACACUACCAAAAAGUGCCUCUCAAGGAACCUGUCACACCUGUUGCAGCCAAAAUCAUCCCCGCUGCUCGAAAGAAACCUUCUCUGGAGCUGGAGCUGCCUAGCUCCCCUGACUCCACGGGCGGGACCCCCAAAGCCACUCUGUCUGAUACCAGCGAUGCUCUGCAGAAGAACUCCAACCCUUACAUCACGCCAAAUAACCGGUACGGCCACCAGAACGGGGCUAGCUACGCGUGGCACUUCGAGGCCCGCAAGUCUCAGAUCCUCAAAUGCAUGGAGUGUGGCAGCUCCCACGACACGCUCCAGGAGCUCACGGCCCACAUGAUGGUCACUGGCCACUUUAUCAAGGUCACAAACUCAGCCAUGAAGAAGGGCAAGCCCAUCAUGGAGACGCCUGUCACACCCACCAUCACCACCUUGCUGGAUGAGAAGGUGCAGUCUGUUCCGCUGGCAGCCACCACCUUCACGUCUCCCUCCAACACCCCUGCGAGCGUCUCCCCGAAGCUGACUGUGGAGGUCAAGAAGGAAGUGGACAAGGAAAAAGUGAUCAUGGAUGAGAAAUCCAAGGAGAAGGAGAAGACCAGCGAGGAGGAGGAGAAGUACGACAUUUCUUCCAAGUAUCACUAUCUGACUGAAAAUGACUUAGAAGAGAGCCCCAAAGGGGGACUCGAUAUCCUCAAAUCGCUUGAAAACACGGUGACGUCCGCCAUCAACAAGGCUCAGAAUGGCACCCCCAGCUGGGGGGGCUACCCCAGCAUCCAUGCCGCCUACCAGCUCCCCAACAUGAUGAAGUUGUCCCUGGGUUCCUCGGGGAAGAGCACACCCCUGAAACCCAUGUUUGGCAACAGCGAAAUCGUGUCUCCCACGAAAACCCAGACCCUCAUCUCUCCGCCCAGCAGCCAGACCUCCCCCAUGCCCAAGACAAACUUUCACGCCAUGGAGGAACUGGUGAAAAAAGUCACUGAGAAAGUUGCCAAAGUUGAGGAGAAAAUGAAAGAGCCCGAAGGCAAGCUGUCACCUCCCAAGCGGGCCACGCCCUCCCCGUGCAGCAGCGAGCAGAGCGAGCCUGUUAAGAUGGAAGCCUCCAGCGACGGUGGCUUCAAGAGCCAGGAGAACAGCCCCAGCCCACCUCGAGAUGGGUGCAAGGAGGUGAGCCCCCCUGCAGAGCCGGUGGAGAAUGGCAAGGAGCUGGUGAAGCCCCUGAGCGGAGGCCUCAGCGGCAGCACGGCCAUCAUCACGGACCACCCUCCGGAGCAACCUUUUGUGAACCCCCUGAGCGCCCUGCAGUCCGUCAUGAAUAUCCACCUGGGUAAGGCGGCCAAGCCCUCCCUGCCCGCGCUGGACCCCAUGAGCAUGCUUUUCAAGAUGAGCAACAGCCUGGCCGAGAAGGCAGCUGUGGCCACCCCACCACCCCUCCAGGCCAAGAAGGCGGAGCAUCUGGACCGCUAUUUCUACCACGUCAACAACGACCAGCCCAUAGACUUGACAAAAGGAAAGAGCGACAAAGGUUGCUCUUUAGGUUCAGGGCUUUUGUCCCCCACGUCUACAUCUCCAGCAACUUCCUCAUCCACGGUGACAACGGCAAAGACAUCUGCCGUGGUAUCGUUCAUGUCAAACUCGCCACUGCGCGAGAACGCCUUGUCAGAUAUCUCCGAUAUGCUGAAGAACUUGACAGAGAGCCACACGUCAAAAUCCUCGACUCCUUCCAGCAUCUCGGAGAAGUCUGACAUUGACGGGGCCACCCUGGAAGAGGCCGAGGAGUCGACUCCAGCGCAGAAGAGGAAAGGCCGCCAGUCAAACUGGAAUCCUCAGCACCUGCUGAUCCUGCAGGCCCAGUUUGCAGCCAGCCUCCGGCAGACAUCAGAAGGGAAGUACAUCAUGUCAGAUCUGAGCCCUCAGGAGCGCAUGCACAUCUCGAGGUUCACUGGGCUCUCCAUGACCACCAUCAGCCAUUGGCUGGCCAAUGUGAAAUACCAGCUUCGAAGGACAGGUGGAACAAAGUUCCUCAAAAACUUGGACACUGGCCACCCUGUGUUCUUUUGUAACGACUGUGCGUCACAAAUCAGGACUCCUUCCACAUACAUCAGCCACCUAGAGUCACAUCUGGGCUUCCGGCUACGGGACUUAUCAAAACUGUCCACCGAACAGAUUAACAAUCAAAUAGCACAAACCAAGUCGCCAUCAGAAAAACUGGUGACAUCCUCCCCGGAGGAGGACCUGGGGACCUCCUACCAGUGCAAGCUUUGCAAUCGGACCUUUGCGAGCAAACAUGCCGUUAAACUUCACCUUAGCAAAACACACGGGAAAUCGCCGGAAGAUCACCUUCUGUUCGUUUCUGAGCUGGAGAAGCAGUAGCGUUUGCUCCAGGGUAGAAAUGACUGGAGGGAAAUGCUGAAGGCACCUUAAAGCCCCUCUGUCUUGUUCUUGGCACAUGUUCUUAUGUUAACUGCAGAGGAUCGUUCUGGGCUGGACUGUUUGGUAUAAUUGUACAGUGUUUAAUAGAGAGGUGCAUAUAAUCAGCUGUUGUUACUGGUAAAAUAACGAAGGUUAAAACGCAGUGCUAAGUGUUUGGAACUUUGUGUAAAUGGGAUUUAAUUGUGAGCAUCUCCUCGAUGCUUCAAGCUGCAUGCAUUAACAGACAGUUUAAUUAAGCAUUUAUAAGGAAACCAGGCACACUUUUUCCAUGAAACUUGGGUGUGCUGGCAUUUCUCACCCUUUCAUCUUUAGCCCUCUGAGUACUACGAAGCACUUUUGCAUUAAUUUGGUUAAAAAAAAAGAUAAUAAUAAAACAAAAUAAUAAUGAAUAAUAAUAAUGUAUGAAACUCUGUUUUUAAACUCCUUACCAGCUUAGUUAUAAGGAAUAUUAGGAACCUCCAUUUAUGCAGGUCUGCAGGGGUAUAACACGCCUUGAAAUUUAAAAGAAUAUUAUUUUCACAUUGAAACAUAGAUGUAUAUAUUGUAUAGAUUUCAAACUCUUAUGGGAAAAUGUGACUGGUUAAAUGACCCUUUCUUUCUUGCAUUUAUAACAAGUGUUUUAUGUAUCCUACUAUACUCUGGGCACAAGCCAUGCCUCUGUAUAGUGUAUAUUUCCUUUUCUUUUUUUUUUAAGGUUUAUGUUGUUUUUUUUUUUACAUGCAAACAUUGUAAAUUAUACAGAAAAUACCACAGAUAGCAUUUAUAAAAUAUACAGAAGCAUUAUCUCAAAGCAAGGUGUGAUGUCUGUUUCGCUAUACGGCACAUCUAUAUUGAUAGAGGGUUCAUGUUUAAAUUAUACAUAUUUAUUAGCGUUCUAUUAUCAUUUGUUUUGAGGCCAGGAAAUCCAUCCCUGGCAGGCAUCAUAACUAUUUUGCACAUGGUUCUUAAAGGUAUUUAUUAGAAAUUAAAGGAUGCUCAAAGUAAUCUCAGUGCUCAAAGGGUUAAAUCUAUUCGAAAAGGAAAAAAAAAAGAUUAAAAAAAAAAAAACAACCCAACUUGUACUGUAUUUCCUGAACAUUGAUAAAGCCUUUAAAAUGUUUGUACUGUAAUCUUUUGCUUAAACGUCAUGAAGCGUUCUGUGGGACAAGCUCUUCCACUUAUUUAUGAGCCUUCUCGGUUGCUAGUUCAUCAUGUGGGAUGCUUUUCUUUUUUCUCUUUCUUCCUUUUUUUCUUUUCUUUCUUUCUUUCUUUCUUUUUUUUAAAAUUCAAUCGGUAACUUUGUUUUGUUCUUCCUAAUUAUUCUCCCAAGAUCCCACACUACAGUUUUAUCUUGAGGCUUAAGAAAGGUAACCCGUGGUUACCAGCUCGCCAAGCCAUUCUGUUCUCCAUUUCUGGCAGUUAAUUUGCAGAAAUAACUGACAGCUGCCACCGUACGAGAACCUAUGUAUAAAAUAUUGGCAUGUAAACACCACAGACACCGUGACUCACUCUUGUGCCCUGUUUUGUUGUUGACAAUGGCACACCAUGAUGUGAUUCUUCAUAUAACCCUUUUUUUCUACGGCAGCAUUAAAAUUGUCUUUUUGCUAUAAUUUUGUGUUGCGUUCACAAUUAUGUCUGAGAUGUGCUACGACUAACGAGCACAUUAAAAUUAAAUUGUAUGCGAUCUGUU